GGUUGAAAAAUUAAUUUAUAGUUAGCUUCCGGUUUUUGCUGUAUCCCUUCUAGCCACAACCAGGCAGCUGCGGUUAUCAUGGCGGCUUACAGAAACACUCCAGGUUUUCAAAGAGUUUUGCAUGCUGUUAAGCAUGUCUGUUUUAGCAAGCAGAGGUGCGGUGUUAUAAUCUGCCGGUACUCUACAGUAUAUGACCCAAAUGAGAAGACCUUUGAUAAAAUCCUCAUUGCAAACAGAGGCGAGAUCGCCUGCAGGGUGAUUAAAACAUGUAAGAAGAUGGGCAUCAAGACAGUCGCAGUUCACAGUGAUGUGGACUCCAGUGCGGUUCACGUGAAGGUGGCUGAUGAGGCUGUGUGUGUUGGCCCUGCCCCUACAAGUAAAAGUUAUCUGAACAUGGAUGCUAUCAUGAACGCCAUCAAGCAGACUGGAGCUCAAGCUGUUCAUCCUGGCUAUGGAUUCUUGUCUGAAAAUAAGGAGUUUGCCAAGAGACUGGCGGCCGAGGGGGUGACCUUCAUUGGUCCUGACACGCAUGCCAUCCAGGCCAUGGGGGAUAAGAUCGAGAGCAAACUCAUCGCCAAAGCUGCCAAAGUCAACACCAUCCCAGGAUUUGAUGGGGUGGUCAAGGAUGCGGAAGAGGCUGUGAAAAUCGCAGGAGAAAUUGGCUACCCUGUCAUGAUAAAGGCGUCCGCAGGUGGAGGCGGGAAAGGGAUGAGGAUUGCCUGGAAUGAUGAGGAAACCAGGGAAGGCUUUCGUUUUUCCUCUCAGGAAGCACUAUCAAGUUUUGGAGAUGACCGUUUACUGAUUGAGAAGUUCAUAGAUAACCCCAGACAUAUUGAGAUUCAGGUGUUGGCAGACAAACACGGCGAUGCUCUGUGGUUGAAUGAGAGAGAGUGCUCCAUCCAGAGAAGAAACCAGAAAGUGGUGGAGGAGGCCCCCAGCACCUUUCUGGACCCAGACACCCGGAGAGCGAUGGGAGAGCAGGCUGUGUCUCUGGCGAAUGCAGUGAAAUACUCCUCAGCUGGCACUGUGGAGUUUCUUGUCGACUCCAAGAAGAACUUCUACUUCUUGGAGAUGAACACACGUCUACAGGUGGAGCAUCCCAUCACUGAGUGUAUCACAGGACUGGAUCUGGUGCAGCAGAUGAUCCGCAUUGCAAAGGGCUACAAACUCCAGCACAAACAGUCUGACAUACCCAUAAAUGGCUGGGCCGUCGAGAGCAGAGUCUAUGCUGAGGAUCCAUACAAAUCAUUUGGUCUCCCCUCCAUCGGCCGGCUGUCACAGUACCAGGAGCCACUCGACCUGCCCAAUGUUCGAGUAGACAGUGGAAUUCAAGAAGGAAGUGACAUCAGUAUCUACUAUGAUCCCAUGAUUUCUAAGCUGGUCACAUAUGGUAAAACACGUGAAGAAGCUCUGAAGAAAAUGGAAGAUGCACUUGAUAAUUAUGUCAUCAGAGGUGUGACCCAUAACAUUCCUUUACUGAGAGAGAUCAUUGUUCACCCUCGGUUUGUGUCUGGUGAUAUCAGCACUAAGUUUCUCCCGGAGGUGUAUCCUGAUGGGUUCAAAGGUCACAUGUUAACAGCAGGAGAGCGACGGGAGCUGCUGGCUACGGCUGCGGCUCUUUAUGUAGCAGCACAGCUCCGAUCUCAGAAGUUCCUGGGAGAUCUGAGGGUGUCCGUUGUUCCUGCAGAGAGCAGACAGUGGGAGCUGUGUGUGGAACUUGAUAAAGGCGUUCACAUGCUGGGUGUGUCUCGGUCUGGAAACAACUAUACAGUGGAGAUCGAUGGAGAGAAGGUUGAAGUGUCUGGAGAAUGGAACUUGGCCUCAGCAUUGCUGCCCAUCACCAUCAACGGCAAACACAGGACUCUCCAGUGCCUGUUGCGGACAGCGGCUGGAGAAAUCUCCCUGCAGUAUCUGGGCACUUCAUUUAAGCUGCGUGUGCUGAGUAAUCUGGCAGCAUCUCUCAGUAAGCACAUGCCAGAGAAGGUUCCAGAAGACACCAGUAGUAUCCUCCGCUCUCCCAUGCCAGGAUCUGUGGUGGCUGUGUCCGUUAAACCAGGAGAUAAUGUUGCAGAGGGACAGGAGAUCUGUGUGAUUGAAGCCAUGAAGAUGCAGAACAGCAUGACCGCAGCAAAGACAGCCAAGGUGAAGAGUGUGCACUGUAAAGCUGGAGAUACAGUCGGAGAGGGAGAUCUACUGGUGGAACUGGAGUAGCAGAUAAUCAGUCGCCGUGGAUAAGCAAUCAAAGACACUAGUAGACUAGAUGGAACAUUUUUUACAUUAUCACUAUAAUGUAUCCAUCUCCCUGGGAUCUAGCUGGAUUCCAGUGAAGGAAAUGUCAAAACACUUACACUCUCUCGUGCCUUGGCCCUCCGUUGGAGGUGUUUUCAUUUCACAUGGAACAAACCACAAUUUGACAUCAGCAGCAGUGAAUGAGUUUGAACGCAUCUUCAAAUGCAGUCAGUCAAAGCAGUUGACACUCUCUCUACUCUCUGUGUUGAUUUAGCAUUGUUUAGAGGAAGUGCUGUGAAUGUUUUGCAUUGCUGCAACUCAUUUUUAAUUAUAAGGUUAUAUUAUGCAAUGAUUUUUCUGCUCCAUGAUUAUUCAAGAAUAAUAUAGGCCUAUUCACUCGUCUACAAAUCACCAAUCCCACACUCGUCUAUUUAAGUGUUUCCAUAGAACUUGUACCUCAUUUCUGUCAUCAAAUGCAUUAAACUCAAUUAGUGAUUAUUUCUGCACUUAGGUCUGUAGGUGCACUGUUCAAACACUUCAUUUGCUUGGGCUUUAAUUGUUCAGUCGUUUCCUCUCUUUCUAAAAUUGUGAAUCCGGAAGGAGCGGACCAUUAACAGAAGGAGAAGGCAGAUAUGAUUCCUCAGAAACUAACAGACAGCUGUGGUCAGGCUUGGAGGAGGCACUUAGAUACGCUUUCUGUCUGUACUUGUUUUGAGAAAAAAUAAAGUGUUAUAAUAAAAAUGGGAUUAAUGUAAACAUUCCAAGUGCUCAUGAUUGCUUGAAGCCCUAGGCUUGGGAAGGAAACGCAUGAAAUGCAUUACUGAAAUGCAUGAUUUGAUUGAAUGCUGUGUGGCAGCAGCUAUUUCCAGAAGAGAAACAG